UUUGCUACACUAUUAGUAUAUUGUAGUCCUGCUAAUUCAAAAGAAUUAUGGAAAAGAUUUGAAAGCUCCAUGUCUGAAGACUUUACAGCUAUGCCAAACAUACAAACAAAAAACAUUCGUUAUUUAGUUCUAAGCCACAUAAAUGAUAUAUUGCAUUCAAUGGGACGGAAUAUCAAUGAAUUUAAACUCACAUCAGAAAAUAUUACAUCUUUUACAUCUUCUAGAAUAAUGCAAGAGGCUAGAGACACCCAUUUAGAAAGAAACAUAAUUGUAACUGAAGAAGAUUUAUUACUAUAUAAAAAACUAAAUAAAGAACAAGAACAAGCGUACAUCACCAUACUUAAUAAAAUAUUCACAAAUGAACCAGGAGCAUUCUUUAUUGAUGGGCCUGGAGGAACAGGAAAAAUAUUUUUAUACCGCGCUUUAUUAGCUACUGUACGAUCAAAAGGAUUUAUAGCUUUAGCCACAGCAACUUUUGGUGUUGCAGCUUCAGUGCUCCCUGGAGGACGAACUGCCCACUCACGUUUUAAACUUCCUAUUGAUGUAGGUGAAAAUUACUGUUGCAAUAUAAGUAAACAGAGUUCACUUGCAUUUUUAAUUCAAGAUGCAAAACUAAUAGUAUGGGAUGAAGUAUCAAUGGCUAGGAAAAAACUUGUUGAGACUUUUGAUUCACUCUUGAGAGAUCUUAUGGGUAUAAAUACACUAUUUGGUGGAAAAGUUGUAGUUUUUGGAGGCGAUUUUAGACAGACUUUACCUGUUGUGAAAAGCGGAACAAAAAAGGAUUUCAUACGUGAAUGUUUAUUGUAUUCAAAUAUCUGGGACCAUCUUCAAAAAUUCCAUUUGACACAAAAUAUGCGUGCAUGCAAAGAUCCUACAUUUUGUGAGUAUUUACUAAGAAUUGGAGAUGGAAGAGAAGAAGUUAAUGAACAUGAUAAAAUCGAGGUUCCAAAAUCAUUUCUUAUUCCUUUUACGAAUGAGAAAGAUUCAUUAAAUAUUUUAUUCAAAACUGUUUAUCCCAAUCUAGAGAUGCUCAUGUCUGAUACAUCCUCCGUAACAUCACGUGUUAUCUUAACGAUCAAAAAUGAUUUCGUAAACGAAAUUAAUCAGAUGUUCAUAGAUGAAUUUCCCACAACUGCUGUGACAUUCAUUGGAAUUGAUGAAACUAUAGAGCCAAAAGAUCAAAGCCAAUUUGAAGACUUCCUCCAUACUUUGAAUCCUACUGGUUUGCCUCCUUAUAAGUUAGUUCUAAAGCAAAAUUGUCCAAUUAUACUACUACGCAAUUUAAAUCCUUCUGAAGGUUUAUGCAAUGGUACACGCUUAAUUUGUUUUGAUUUCAAAACUCAUAUUAUUAGUGCUAAAAUUGCAAGUGGUGACUUUAAAGGCAAACAUGUUUUUAUUCCUCGAAUACCAUUGUUAUGUUCACAAGACGAAAAAUUGCCUAUUCAAUUUAAAAGAACACAAUUUCCUAUUCGACUAUGUUUUGCUAUGACUAUAAAUAAAGCUCAAGGUCAAACACUAGAUUCCGUAGGAAUUUAUUUACGUGAACCUGUCUUUUCACACGGUCAACUUUAUGUUGCUUUAUCAAGAGCAAGAAGUUCAGACUGUGUAAAAAUAUUAAUCCGACCCGCAACAGUAGACGAUCCCGAUGAUCAUUCUACCUACAAUAUAGUAUAUAAUGAAAUUAUCCAUAAAGCAUUCUCUUAGGACUUUCAAAAAGCUACUAACUAUUCAUAUAACAUAUGUAAGUUAUUACUUCCAUUUACAUUUUUCAUCAACCUUACUUCCUUUAUCAUACUAUUCCAUUGUUUAACCCACUUUAAUUAUUUUUCAAGGAGAAGUUAAUUACCAGAUUUUUUGUAGCUAUUCUUGAAAUUCCUGUGGCAUUUGUUCUUUUAACCAAUUCUGUACAAGCAUUGAUUGAAGAAAAAGGGCUAUAGAGAAAGUAAGUCUUCCAUCUUCAACAUAUACUUUGUUCUUUGCUUGCUCCAUCAAUUAAGAAUUCUUUACUGAAAGUACCAAUGAACAAAUGUUUUUUAUUGUUACUUGGCUGCUGAUCAUAGUUAUCGUAGUUCAGGAGGAGCAUCUACAUCUGGUGAAUUUACUUAUGACACCUCUUUGGCUGCCUUACAUUCUUACCUUAGUGAUCUUGAAGGUAAGUGCAUUACUCGGUUUCCCUGUGAUUGUCUUUUCUUCAAUUACUGAAGCACGGGCCCAACAAGAACUGGAGUUGAAUGAUAGAGUGCUUCCAGAGUAACUUUGCUUCUUUUCCUUAGUCGUAUGAUAACAUUGCAAUGAAGAACCUGACGGCAUAUAUGUGAGAGAAACCAAAAGCAUGUGCUUUGCAUAUUCUACAAAUUUCAACAAUACACUUAAGUGGCAAUUUUUUUUGCACCUAAUUCUCCCAAAAAAAGGUUGUUCAUUGCCUCAAAGUAGGAUUGGCUCUUUCCCUUGUGUCUGUGUUUUAUUACAUGAGGCCUCUGUGUGAAGUUGUUGGAUGGAAUGCUAUGUGGGU